ACAUAAAUUUUCGGCUAAUAAAAGAAAUUCGAAUUAAGAAUUUUACCAGAAAAAAACAAACGCGUUUGUAGGACUACCAAUGUGGACGGCUGGGAUUUCACCUGACCCAUAAUUUUUGCAAAAGCCUGGUCUUUCCAUGCACGUUUGCGGUGGCGCAUUCACCGUCAACCAACUUAACGCAAACCCCACUAUAUAUACUCCUCCCUCCUGUCUUUCCCUCUCAACCCUGUCCUUGUCCAAAUCACAAACCCUCCUGCUCCCUCUCUCUCUCCCACGCGCUCUCUACCUGCCUGUGUUUUCUCUCUCCCAUACUGAACUCACAAUGGCAAGCUCUUCAUUCGCGUUGUUGAUGGUGACAGUGGCUCUCCUUGCCACCUCCGCCUUCGCCGAGGAUAAGGCUCAAUCCCCCUCAUCCUCUCCCUCUCAAUCACCAUCCUCCACUCCUCCCCCAUCCUCCACUCAACCACCAUUAUCAACCCCAGCAGCCUCUGCCAAAACACCAUCUGCCACCCCAGCAGCGACCCCAUCCGUCACCCAAGCAGCUACCCCGUCCGCCUCCUCUAAGGCUCCCAAGUCGUCGGAUGCAUCCUCCUCUCCAUCCUCCGCCCCCACCACGUCCACCACCUCCUCCUCCUCCUCCUCCUCCCCAUCCUCCUCCCCAUCCAGCUCUACAUCAUCCGACUCCUCCUCCCCAUCCUCCUCCCCAUCCAGCUCUACAUCAUCCGACUCUCCACCCUCCCCACCCGCCUCCAGCCCAUCCACCUCCGACACCUCGGUUGCUCCCUCCGAGUCGACUACUUCUGCUGAGGCUCCCGCCCCAUCUGGAGCCGCCGUGAACAGAGGCUUCGCUGCCGGAUCCGUGGCCGCCGUCGUCAUUGCGGCGUCGAUCUUGGCCUAAAUGUGCUUUGAGGACAAGGUCUUUUUCUGCUGUUGGGUCACCGAAAGAGAGAUUCGGCGGGCGGAUCUUGAGUUUCGUAUAUUAGCGGGUAGAGCUUAACUACUAUUUUGGUUUUAUAGUUGUUAUAGAGUGGGUUAUUAUUGGUGAUGGAGAUAUUAUUUGAACGGUGUUGAUUUGAUCGGACGGGGGUUCUGCGACUGAUGGUUUAAUCCAUCGGCCUUAAUUAUUAAUUAUAAUUAUUAUUAUUACUUGAUCAUUCCCGCUGCUGAUGAUGAUCACUAUGGAAAUUCUUUUGUUAUGAUCUAAUGAUAUAUAUCAUUAAUUAUAUCUAAUUCGUUGAGUUUAAU